CACCACGAUGGCAGGGAAAUGAGGGACAGAGGCCUGCUCCUCCCAUCCCCCCAUUGCCGCUGCGUUGACCCAGGCCCGCUGCUCUGUUCUCCCGCUGUGGCGGUGAGGAAGCGGGGAGUGGGCCCAGACCCCAAGCAGGAGGAGGGAAGGGGGAAGCGGGCCGGACUCAGGGUGGGGGGGCGACGGGGGAGGAUGACAUCGCCCCCCCCCCGUUAUUCUUGACGGGCAGUUGGCUAGUAUUUUAUAGAAGCAGGACAUCGGCUGCUGUGGUUCCUCUGCUUUGCCUGUGGCAGGUUAGGGUGUUACAUCUGCAUUGCGUCAGGGUUGAGGGUAGUCUUAUGUGGAGUUUAGAUUAUGAUUGAACAGGAUGGUUUGGAUACCAACAGUCUGCCUCAAGCAGGACAGUGGCCUAGGUCUGUGGUGGUCAACCUUUGUUGUACCAGGCCCCAUUUGUAAAUAUCUGUGACCAGUCCCGACCCAGUGCCCCUCACUGUCAACCUACUGCCCCCAGCUUGUGGGGCACACAGGGAGACCCCAAGCAGCCCCUCGGAGGUGGAGCUCUGCCAACCUGCCAGGGAAAAGUCACCAUUCCCCACAUUUUUCUCCAGUAAAGGAGAAUCCACUUUUAAAGUUUGUUCACCCCCCUUUCAUAUAUUUUCAUGACCCACGUUUGGGUUGUGCCCCACAGGUUGAGAAGCGCUGGCCUAGGCAGCCUCUGGAGGGCCUUUCCAGCCCUGCUCAGAAACCAGCUGAUGGGAGCCUGUGCCCUGCCUGCUACCUCUGCCUCUCAGCCGUGGGGUCCUGACCCAAAAGUGGGGGGCAAGAGUACAGGAAAGGGUUACGAACAGACUUGAAAAAGGGACCAAUCUCCAUUAAAGGAGAAAAAAAGUGGGAAGCGGUGGCUUUUCCCUGGCAGGCAGCCGGAGCCCCAACCUGUGAGUGGCUGCUUGGGGCUCCCCAUGCCCCACACACUGCGGGGCUGGGGCAGGGACGGGCCGUGGAUGUUAAGAAAUGGGUCCUGGUGAGAAACAAGCAUUUAGUGAGAGCCUCCUCCCCCGGGCGCUAGGACCAGCUCGCGCCAAAGCGAGGAGGGGGGGGGCGGGGCUUCCCGGGCUGCUCCCCCCCGCCUUCCGGUCCCGCGCUCGGGGCCCCGCCCAGGCGAGCGGCGCGCCGCGGCGGUUAGGGCCGGGCGAGGCCGCAACCCCGCGCGCGCGCUCUUGCUCUCCCUCCUUUUUUUUUUCCCUCGCUCUGAGUCUGCAGCGAGGUGGCUCCGCCCCCCCGAGCGCCGCCAUUGGCUGCCGCGCCCCAAGGCCCUCCGAUUGGCGGGCGGCCUCGAGGCACCGCCUCCCAUUGGCCGCCGGGCUUUCAGGCACCAAAUUCAAAGUUUUUAAAAGUACCCGGCAAGCGAGCGCGGUGUGCGGAGCUUCUCGGCGCCCGGCGGGAUACAACCAAUAAAAUAAUGAAAGCAAAUCUUAACCAUUCUAUCAAAAUGAAAUGCGAUUUUAAUUGUAACCAUGUCCAUACUGGAUUCACCCCAUUAAAGCCUGAUGCAGCAAAGAUGAGAGUAGAAGAAUCCUGUGCUUCAGAUAAUGAAAUGGUGACUUGUAAAGACUGUGCCAAAGAGUGUCAUAAUCUACUGCAUAAUACAAGCCCAAGAAAUCUAGACCUGAAAACUGAAGGAAGGCCUGUACAUAACAAAGAAAACCAGCAAGUACUGUGCAGACUUGGGGAGGAUGCCCAUGAAAUGGAGACACUGGAAAACAGUAGGAUUAAUGAGGACAGUGGUUACUCCUCUAUGUUAAGCACCCAAAGUAAUGAUCCAACAGACCAUGAGGACAGUAUACCAUUGGCAGGAAAUAUCUUUGAUACACCAAAACACUAUCUUAUAAAGAACCAAAGCCGGUUGCAGCUUCCAAAAAAAACCUCGCUGCCAGUUACUCAUUUUGAAGAAUUAAUUUGCUCAACUUUGAAAAAGAGUGGUAAAAGAAAUCUUGGCACCUGGGCUAUUGUGGACAGAAUUAUUUCCAGGGAAAGCAUUGGACUUCAGAAUCUAAUUGGCAGAAAAAUGGGAUUAGAUAGAAUAGACAUUCUCAGUGAACUCUUCCGAAGGGAGUUCAGACAUCUUUUAGCAAACAUCUUAAGGCAUCUUGAUGAGCUGGACUUAAUAAAUGUUGCGAAAGUAAGCACAACAUGGAAGAAAAUUCUGCAACAAGACAAAUGGGCUUCCCAGCUGUAUAGUAAAGCAGUAAAACACAUAUCUGACAGCAAUGCAAAACCCUCAGAACAUGCUGCAACAAGGGAAUAUGUUCUGUGUCGAGCGGCUUUAGCUUCUGUUCAGAAAGCAGUACCUCCAAGCAUUUCAUGCAAGAAAUCAUCCAGAGCCAAAGCACCCAAUCAGAACAGCCCUCACAGCCGACUUGUGGAGUUUUCUGAGGCUGCCAAGACCUUGAAAAACACUGAGAGCCUUAAAGUCUGCAGUCGCUGUGGCUCACCAGCAAAAUAUGACUCCUAUCUACAGAGGGCAACAUGCAGCCGUGAAAGCUGUAACUUUGACUUCUGCACCAAGUGCCUAUGCAGCUACCACUGUGCCAGAGACUGUAUGAGUAACAAGCCUGUGAAAUCUAGCUUUAAUCUAGGACCACUUCCCGGCACCAAAAAAAGCAAACAGCAUUUGCGGAGGUUGUGACCUGUUGUGCUCGUAGUAGUGACAAGUGGACUGGAAUGGUUAAUUCCUACUCAGAAGGUAUCCUGAAAAAAAAGUGAACAUGGAAGCGCUUCUUGUGAAUAUGUACUUUUAAAAAAGAAAGUUGAAUGUAUUCUAGAACGAUUUCUUAGUUCUACUCAAUUUUAAAACUUUGUCCAAUUCAAAAUGUAUUUUCCUGAUUUAUACAUUUAAAAGAAAAAAAAUUGGUAUGGAUUCUACAGCAUUUUUUAAACAGUUUUCUAACCUAUCAGUCCUAAUCUGCAGUGUCCCUAUUUUUUAAGUUAUUUUGGGAAUGUAGUCUUUAGUGUCUUUAAUUAGCAUUUUUCAAUGAUAAGAGGGGAGAAAAGAGCAACAUGUUUUUAGAGAAUGAGUAUAUUUUUAUAAUUGUUGCUUUUGUUACCACAGAAUUGUCUUUUUAAAAGUUUGCAGUGGGAAUUUGAAUGUGCACAUUAAGGAGGUCUUUUAUAUAAGAAAAAUAAGUUAUGGUGGGCCCUUGAUUAUAAGGAGCUGUCUGGGAAUUAGUCAUCUGCCUACGGUUUAAAAUUUGAAAGUUGACAACAUCAGCUAAUCUAAUGAUUUACCUGGAAUUAAUCUUAGAUUUAGUUGAUAUUUCUUCAUUUUCCUUCUUGUAAGAUGAAGAAGCUGCAGACUGGGAUAAACCUGUUACCAUACCCUUCCCUACCAAAAAGUAAAUUGGGAUAAUAGAUGGCAUUACCAAAAGAAAAUCACAUUGGUUUGAUUUUCCCUUUUCCAAUAAUUAUAUUUUAAAAUUCUGUAUAUAUUUGUAAAUAUUACUUUAAAUAUUUUCUAUGUGUCUUCUGUGUUGUGACUGUGAAAAUAAAUUAUGCGUUUUCAAGAUAA